GCGCCAAGCCUCGAGCGCCUCUUCACCACCGCCAUCAUGAGCGCUUCACGGAUACGGAUUGGGCGCCAGUUUCUGGAUGCGAGGACGAGCGCCGGGAGGCAGUCGGCCAGGGGGUUCGCUGCGUCUGCACCGAGAGGCGUGAGGGAGCCGCCACCGCCGCCGCCGCCGCGAGAUGCGCACGAUGGGACGACGCACUUUGGCUUCGAGACGGUCGCCGAAGCGCUGAAGGAGCAGCGUGUCCGCGGCGUCUUUUCCUCGGUCGCCUCCUCGUACGACUCGAUGAACGAUUUCAUGUCGCUGGGCAUCCACCGCCUGUGGAAAGACCACUUCGUGCGCAACCUGAACCCCGGACGCAACCCGCUGACCUCCCCCUUGGCCGACCAGAAGGGCUGGAACAUCCUCGACAUCGCCGGCGGCACGGGCGACAUCGCCUUCCGCAUGCUCGACCACGCCAGCCAUAUCAACAACGACGCGCACACCAACGUCACCGUCGCCGACAUCAACCCGGACAUGCUGGCCGAGGGCAAGAAGAGGAGCCUGCAGACGCCGUAUGCGCGCAGUCCGCGACUGCGCUUCGUCGAGGCGAAUGCGGAGAAGCUCGAUAUGAUUCCGGAUGGCUCGAUUGAUCUCUACACUGUUGCGUUCGGUAUCCGAAACUUCACACACAAGGACGUGGCGCUGAAGGAGGCGUACAGGGUGUUGAAGCCUGGCGGCGUCUUCGCUUGCCUCGAGUUCAGCAAGGUGGAGAACCCGCUGUUCAACGCCGUGUACCAGCAGUGGUCGUUCAAUGCGAUCCCGUACAUUGGACAGAUGGUGGCUGGCGACAAAGCGAGCUAUCAGUACUUGGUCGAGUCGAUCGCGCGAUUCCCCAGCCAAGAGGAAUUCAGCGGCAUGAUCAGGGAUGCUGGCUUCUUGAUCCCCGGCAAGGGCUACGAGAACUUGACCGAUGGCAUUGCGGCGAUUCACAAGGGUGUCAAGCCUGCGUGAAGCGUAGGUUGGCUGUGAGUGUGCUAUAGAUUGUAUGAGUAACAAAGCGUAUUAGAACGGAGUAAUAUCAUGCAUUCGGGAGCCAUCAAUGCUUUCAUGUUCAAGCAUUGUUCACAGUGGCUUUUUGUGCUCCAUGCGAGCUCGAUCAAGCAUCAACGACGAAAGUCACCGAAUAGAUUUGAGACCCAAC